AUGUGUAAAGGUGCCUACCUACUAUGUAGGAUAUGGCGCGCACACGGCAUCAAGAUCGCCUCGUGGAGUCGAGACCGUUGGCGGCAAAACCAACCGAGGAGUUUGACGAUGCUGCGCCCCGAUUACGCGCUCGAUUGUCCGGUGGCCAUUGCUAUCACUGACUGUUCAUCAUUUUAUGCCCGCGAUGGAUACCAAGGCCGGGAUACCAAGGCCGCGAGGCGAGCACUGCCAUCUUCAACGGAACAGGAGGAGGUUGGUGAUGAGACUUUCUUUGUCGAAGAUUACCUAUCUGGCUCGGGCCUGGCUGUCUCGGUACCUCCCGACUGUGUAUGGCAGCGAUGA